CGUGUGUUAGUUGUGUUGAGCCGUCGGAGGGUUGAAUGAAUACAGCGCUGGGCGCCUCUGCCGAUUUUUGGUGCAGCUUGGGAUUCUCUCUGGGCUGCGCGCCCCCUUCUUUCCUCCUUCGUGUACUCACGCGCGCGCGUGCGGGGGGGGACACGCACGCACGCAGCUAAGCGCCGGUGUUUGUGAGCUCUAUUAAAGGCCGUCGCGGUGGAAGGAUGCAGAAUUUGGCGGUGCCCUACCCAGACAUCCGUUAACCAGCCGGAUCUCCCGCUGUGCGGGGGCAACACAGGAAUGAAAAUCUGCGAUCAUGAUGCAAGGAUUGAAAAACCGAACCAGAAAAGCCUUGGGGUUACGGAAAAAAGACAAGGACACCGACUCCACGAGCUCACCUGACAAAGAGGGAAGUGGAAGUGGAAGGAAAGGAAGCAAAAAAGCCAAUGGUGCGCCCAAUGGAUUCUAUGGAGAGAUUGACUGGGACCGAUAUGCCUCGCCCGAUGUGGAUGAAGAGGGCUUCAGUCUCAGACCCGGCGAAGAAGGAGAUGCAGCCUCCAGAGGAAAGCAUUUCUUCUCCUCCAGCGAGUCAGAGGAUGAGGAAGACAGCAAGAAAAAGUUCAAAAUUAAGAUCAAGCCGCUGUUAUCGGGCAGCGUCAAGUGUGUCGCUCCCUCCAUGGACGAGCUGAAGGCGUCGGUGGGAGGCUUGGCGCUGUCUCCCUCUCUGGGACAGAUAAAAAGAAACUUGUCCUGUGAGGAGAUUGCCAGACCCAGACGCUCCACCCCCACUCCAAGCCCCGCUCCGGAGACACCAAGUGACAAACUAUCCCAGAACAUUCCUGCCUUCUUCGGGCUGCCUUCAGAGACCAACUACACCAGAUAUGACGUUGCCCCCGGUGAUGUGUGGGGAGAAUGCAGACUACGGCCUGAAUCUCCUUUGGCCAGAGGCUUUCCAACAGGAGCUCCUCCUCCUCUUCCUCCAAAAAACAUUCCAUCGAGUCAAUACAGCUAUCUGUCAGACUCUUCUGUCGAUCUACCCAAUGGAAGAGUAGCCCAAAGUCCCGCCCCCAUCUACCUGAAUAUCCAAUCCCCUGUCUCCUACCAAGACUCCCCGGGGCCUGACCUGGACGAUGUGUUUGGUCCUGUGGACAGCCCCAGGGCCGGUGAGGACACGGCAGCUCCCAGAUGGGUCACCUUCAACAGCGACAGACCCCCUCCGCCAGACGAACCUGCUCCCCCGCCGCCACCAGAGUCUCCAGCCCCUGACACCCCCUCCUCUACACCCUCCACGCCUCGCCUCUCCCCUGGCCCCCCUCCAGACGAGCCCCCCCCUUCACCCCCACCAUUUUCACCUGAGUCACCUCCCCCCUUCAUUCCCCCAGACUCACCGCCUUCCAUUGUCCUGGGACCUCCUCCGGAUGAGCCUGCACCCCCCCUGCCUCCCAACUUCUCCCCGUCUGACUCACCUCCGGUCUGCCUCGACGAGGAGGCAUAUGAUGAAGAGGUGCUACAGUUCGCCAAAUACUCUUCAUCACCCGCCCUGACCAGCCCUGUCCCACCUCUGCCGGCAGAGCGGCGGUCCCCCCGGGCAGGCAUCCCAUCCCCCUUGGUGCUGGGGAGUGUCGGGGGAAAGAGGACUCCUGAAGGAACUUAUCUGAAGGAUGAUCUCCCCGACUUGGUGGGUUCACCCAGGGAGCUGACCCCAACCUUCAGGGGCACACCGCCUCCUCUCCCUCCAACUAUCUACAGAUCUAUUGUGUCUUCCCCAGGACCUUACUCAGGCAGCAGCCCCUCGUCUCCAGCUCGUCCUGCCACACCUCAGUCAGGAGGAAGUCCUGUUCCUCCACCGCCUCCACCUAGACCAUCCUCACGACCAAAGCUGCCCCCAGGGAAACCAAUAGCAGACCUGGCCCGGCCGUUCAGUCCGCCGGUUUCAGGCAGCCCACCGCCUUUCGCCCCUCUGGCCCGGGCAGAAAGCUCCUCCUCCAUCUCCUCCAUCACCUCGCUCAGUGCAGCAUCCACCCCCACCUUAGGCAGGGACCUCAACUUGGCCAACACAGGAUGUUCCAGAGGACCCAGCCCACUCACUAUGGGACCCCAGGACACUCUGCCAGUGGCAGCUGCCUUCACUGAAACCAUCAACGCCUACUUCAAAGGAGCCGACCCCAGCAAAUGCGUGGUAAAGAUCUUGGGGGAGAUGGUGCUGUCCUUCCCUGUGGGUAUAACCAGGCACUUUGCCAACCACCCAGCUCAACCUGUCCUCACCUUCAGCAUCAGCAACUACAGCCGACUGGAGCAGGUCCUCCCCAAUCCACAACUGCUGUGCUGUGAUUCUACAAUGGACACUAUGGACACCAAGGAGUUCUGGGUGAAUAUGCCAAACCUGAUGAGCCAUCUCAAAAGAGUGGCUGAGCAGAAGCCUCAAGCAACGUACUACAACGUGGAUAUGAUCAAAUAUCAGGUCUCAGCGGAGGGGAUCCAGUCCACUCCCCUGAACCUGGCAUUGAGUUGGCGCGGUGAUGCUACCAGCACAGACCUUAGGAUAGACUACAAAUACAACAUUGAGGCCAUGGCUGCCCCUGUGCCGCUACAUGACAUCCACUUUCUGGUCCCUGUGGAUGGGAAUGUGGCUCAAGUCCAAGCCAUGAUCCCCCCUGCCACCUGGAACCUGGAGCAGCAGACUAUGCUGUGGAAGAUAGCCAGCCUCUCUCAGAGGUCUGAAAAUGGAGGAGUAGGAGCUCUGUUGGGCCGGUUCCAGUUGACAGAGGGUCCCAGCAAACCCUCCCAGCUGGCAGUUCAGUUUACCAGUGAAGGGACCACUCUGUCAGGCUGUGACAUCCAGCUAGUAGGGACUGGCUACAGGCUGUCCUUGGUCAAGAAGAGAUUUGCAGCAGGUAAAUAUUUGGCUGAUAAUUAGUGGACUCCAUUUUAAAUGGAGCCUGCAGAAUCAGUGGCUUUUGACUGUGAAGAUGUGAGUAUGGACUGAGCCCUUGUUUUAGACAGACUACUGACUGAGAGACUUUCAGAAUCUUUAACCCAGAAGCAGCAGCAACGCUUUAAUGGUUGGGUUGGUAAAAUUAAAACAUAAUCAUACGCAGCUAGACAUCGGCAUUUACACACACAUAGACAUAGAAACACAUGCAAAUAUGUCUAGAUAGUUUGACUUUCUGACACUGUACCCAGUGAACUGACUGUUGCAGAGAUUAUGCAAGUAGUAACAAACCAUCGGCUUUGACCACCUGGUAUACAUACACUCAUGGGUUUUGUGGAGAAAAAUAUGAAAAAAUUAUUCUUGUUAACUUCAACAGUAAUUGUUGUGGAUUUAUCCAGCCUUAUUUCUUUAAGAGUUUCUUUUUUUUUCUAACUGGUUGUCAUGGCGAACACUGUACAAGAUAAUGUGAAUAGAUAUAAUUUGAUUAGAAUAAUCUGAAAUAGUCUAAACAAGAAAGAAAAGGGGGGAAAAUAUGACAAUGUGUUGUAUGGCAUUUGAAAGUUCUGUUCAAUUGGCUUCUCCAAGUAAAGCUCAGCGAGAUCUGAUUUACACUGCCACCUCAAGUCUGAUUUUUCAUCACGUGUGACACAGAUCUGAUCUUUUAUUUGCUGCCUGAGCACAACAUUUGAUUUCUAUUUCUUUUUCUGUGUUGAUUGCAAUGAAAGGUCAGGGCUCACUUCAAUACUUCAGAACCCGAUACUUCAAAAGACAGAGGUAGCGGUGAUCUAGGACCACCAGUCUGUUCACAGGACAGAAUAAAUUUAACAGGCAAACUGACCUCAUCUCAGCACUCUCAAUAUAAGACACUUGAUGCAUGCAGGUGUAGAUCUGUGUUCUGUAUUAUGUCGGAAAGCAAUCAACUUUAAGAGGCAGAGAAGUACAUCCAAAAUGGACUGUCUCACAGGCAGAUUAUGAGAGUUGCUGUUGGUGAUGUUUGACAACUUGGUUUCUUUGACUGUGAUAUUGGUCAGAGGUUGUUGUCUGGCUUCACAUUAAGGGUAUUGCAGAGUAAGGAAAAGAAAUGUGUGAUCUGAAUGCAGCCCUAUACAUGUCCCUCUUGUUGAUUUAUUUUAAUUUUUUCCACCAUGUGGAGUAAAUAGGUGUUUAAUCAUUUUCUAAUAGCAAUAUUUAAAAACUAAAAAGUAUAAAAACAAAAAUAUGUUUCAGAUAUCUCUCUUUGGACAUAUGGAAGUGUCUGUGAUUGUAUAUUGAUUUAUCAAUGUUAACCCUCUUAAUGCAUUAAGAUUACAUAUGCCAUUCAGUGCUGGGUUCAUCCAAGUCCUUUAUUUCAAUGUAUGACAAUGUACAACAUGGGCCAUGAUAAAUAACUUAAGAUGGUACCCCAUGAAAUCUGCAUUAAUCUGCAUUUGUUUUAUCACUGCUUUUACCAAUGCAAUGCCAAUUUAUUCAUUUAAAAAAAAUUGUAUUCCGUGUGUUACUAAAACUUAAACCUGCUUGAACACUGUCUGCCUUCAUAUAGACUCCCACUAUCAAUUUUGCUGUUUUUUUUUCCACCUUCACUCAGAAGCUCAGCAUUUAUAGGUUUGGCAUGCAUUCAUUGAUAUUUCAACUUCAUAAUAUGUAUGUAUCAGUGUGACACCCUCCUGUGUUUGACACACACCCUUUCAGUCAUUGCUGCAUAAGAGUCUUGCCAUCCCAGGGAGACAUACACAUUCACAAUUCGAUUUUAUGACUUUGUGUCAUAAAGAAACCAUUUAAUAUGUGAUUUAACACUGCAUUUUAUAAAAUGUUUUGAUGUACUGACUUGACUCACAAUUUGGUCCUGGUUGUAAUAUUUUAUGUAAGUCUCACUAGUCUUUGGGGGGGGGGGGAAGGAAGAAAAAUAUAAAUAUUUCCAUUUGGUUCUCUUCAGUUGGGUAGAUAGUUUUGAAAUGUUUGGUCAAUGAUGCUUCUGUUUUCAUUUGCCUUAUGUGUUUGAAUAUGCCAACGUUUUAAGGCUGUCUGUAGGCCUCCGUUUGUUUGUUUGUUUAUUUGUUUGUUUGUUUUUUAUCAUACAGUUUGGCUGUUUUCCUGUCACCGCAUAAAACACAGAAUAUGCAAACAUUUCAUGUAAAAUUUAUCAUCCAAAGAUUUUGAAAGUAAAUAUAUUAAAGUCAAUAUGAUGUAAUACCCGUUUUACUUGGUAAUAAAGAAGAGGAAAUGUUG